GCUCCUGACUGCCCAGUCACUUCGAGCCGACCUCCACCUCAGUCUCUGCAGCCAUGUCCAGCCUCCAGGAACUGUGUUCUGGCUUGCCCCUACGACCCCUCCCUGAGAACCGGGGUCGCUGGGCUGGUGUGCCACAUGCUCCAGUCAGGACGCCCAGCCUCAGCCCUGCAGAAGAGCAGCUGGCUCUGAGGAAUGCCCUGCGCUACUUCCCACCUGAUGUUCAGAAACUAUUGGCCCAGGAGUUUGCCCAGGAGCUACGACAGUUUGGACACAUCUACAUGUACCGGUUCUGCCCCAACAUUGAGAUGAGGGCCUACCCAAUCGAUCAGUACCCAUGCCGGACACGAGCAGCUGCAGCCAUCAUGCACAUGAUCAUGAACAACCUGGACCCGGCCGUGGCCCAGUUUCCGCAGGAGCUGGUGACCUAUGGAGGAAACGGGCAGGUGUUCAGCAACUGGGCUCAGUUCUGGCUGACCAUGUCCUACUUGUCGAAGAUGACUGAGGAACAGACUCUGGUCAUGUACAGUGGACACCCACUGGGCCUCUUUCCCAGCAGCCCUGGUGCCCCACGAUUGGUCAUCACCAACGGGAUGGUCAUUCCUAACUACUCCUCCAAGACAGAGUAUGAGAAGCUGUUUGCCCUGGGGGUGACCAUGUACGGCCAGAUGACAGCAGGCAGCUACUGCUACAUUGGCCCCCAGGGAAUCGUCCAUGGCACUGUGCUCACUGUGCUGAAUGCUGGUCGGAGGUACCUGGGCCUCGAGGACUUGGCUGGGAAGGUCUUCGUCACCUCCGGGCUCGGUGGGAUGAGUGGAGCUCAAGCCAAGGCUGCAGCCAUCGUCGGAUGCAUUGGGGUGAUAGCAGAGGUUGACAAAGCUGCACUUGUAAAACGCCACCGGCAAGGCUGGCUGAUGGAGGUGACUGACAGCUUGGACCAUUGCAUUGUGAGACUCAGGGAAGCAAGGAAAAAGAAGGAGGUUCUCAGCCUUGGCUACCAUGGCAACGUGGUGGAUCUUUGGGAGCGCCUGGUCCAUGAACUGGACACCACAGGGGAGCUCUUGGUGGAUCUGGGGUCAGACCAGACGUCCUGUCACAACCCAUUCAAUGGUGGCUACUACCCUGUGCAACUCAGCUUCUCAGAGGCCCAGAGCCUCAUGUCCUCCAACCCAGCUGCCUUCAAGCACCUGGUGCAGGAAAGCCUGAGGAGGCAUGUCUCAGCCAUCAACAGGUUGGCCCAGGAGAAGUUCUUCUUUUGGGACUAUGGUAACGCCUUUCUCUUGGAGGCUCAGAGAGCAGGAGCAGAUGUCCAGAAGAAAGGAGCCAACAAGACGGAGUUCCGCUACCCCUCCUAUGUCCAGCACAUUAUGGGGGACAUAUUCUCCCAGGGCUUUGGGCCCUUCCGCUGGGUAUGCACAUCAGGGGACCCCCAGGACCUGGCUGUCACUGAUCAUCUGGCCACAUCUGUGCUGGAGAAAGCCAUUGCUGACGGAGUGAAAGCAUCCGUUAAGCUACAGUAUAUGGAUAACAUCCGCUGGAUCCGGGAGGCUGCUAAGCACCAGCUGGUGGUGGGCUCCCAGGCGAGGAUCUUGUACUCAGACCAGAAAGGACGUGUGGCUAUUGCUGUGGCCAUCAACCAGGCCAUUGCCAGUGGGAAGAUCAAGGCCCCAGUGGUCCUGAGCCGUGACCACCAUGAUGUGAGUGGGACUGACAGCCCCUUCAGGGAGACUUCCAAUAUUUAUGACGGUUCUGCCUUCUGUGCAGACAUGGCUGUGCAGAACUUCGUGGGAGAUGCCUGUCGUGGUGCCACCUGGGUUGCUCUUCACAAUGGAGGAGGUGUGGGCUGGGGCGAGGUGAUCAAUGGGGGAUUUGGCCUCGUGCUAGAUGGGACCUCACAGGCUGAGCAGAAAGCCAGGAUGAUGCUCAGCUGGGAUGUCUCCAAUGGUGUGGCACGGCGUUGCUGGUCUGGGAACCCCAAGGCCUAUGAGAUCAUCUGCCAGACAAUGCAGGAGAACAAUGGCCUGGUGGUGACGCUUCCCCAUGAGGUGGCAGAUGAACAGGUGCUACAGCAGGCCCUGCGGCCCUGAGAAGAACUGAUAUCCUCUUGGUGUCCCCCUUCCCUCUGCCACCACCCUCCCCCCGCAUCCCAGCCUAGUGCUCCUAGUGUCUCACACAGUGAACCGCAGACACCUAAAGAGGUGGAAGCACUUGUCUUUGACCAGUGGCUUGAGAGCCCUGCGAUGGAGGGCAUGUCUCAUUUAUGUGAAGGUCCUUAAACCUGAGGUAGAGUGGACUCCAGCUUGGAUGGGAAGAAAUUUCGAAUGCUGACUAAGCUGGCAACAGUCUGCCGGGACUCUCUGUGGCAUUCUCAGAGUGCUGUUCAGUCUCCUGUCCAACACUGUCCCUACAGCGCUCUCCUAGCCAUUCGCUCACCCCACCCACACUAGGUCCUUGAUGCUGAGUACAGGCAGGAAAUAAAGAAUAAAGUAGA